AUGAUAACGGUAGUUGAAGAUUCUGGAUUAGCAGUUGCGCCGGUAGAUGGCACCACGGUGGAGACAACCGGCGCGUCGCCUGCUGCCACGACGACCGAGAAGAACCGAUCCCGCUUCCGCGAGCUUCCGGGAUACAACCCGAACGGUUUCGGCUUCGGCGGGAUAAGCCGGAAGAUUCCGUCGACGACGCGCACGACCCGCAAGCCGCGUGUGACCUUCGCGACGACGGCGCCAUCUGUCAGGGUCACGGCGAGGUCACCGAGCACGGUGGCACCGCGCUACCAGACGCACACCGACCGCAGCAUCAUCAUGAAGCAGACGACGGACGCGUCUCCGUCGCCGCGGCAACCCGUCACCGCGACAACGCCGUCCACGCCGCCGCCGCCUCCGACCGCGCCCACUACGGUGCUGCCGCCUAGCAGCGCGAUAUGCGGCGGCGGCAUCGAGAGCGACCGUGGCGACAUCGUCAGUCCGGACUACCCGAUAGGAUACAAGCGCGGACUCGUCUGCUAUUGGAACAUCACUGUGAGCCAGCAGGCGCCCCGCAUCAAACUAGAGUUCCUCAAACUCAACCUCGGACUCGAAGACUUUGUCGAGUUGAAGUCGUACACGGGGCAGGUGCUGCGACAUUAUACGGGUCGCGAGAAGACGAAGUUGUUUGUGACGACGACGCGACAGAUCGCCGUGCUGUUCGUCUCCAAGAACGACGGACUCGGCAAGGGCUUCGUGCUGAACUACCUGGCGACGUAUGCAGGUCCGACACGUAUAACGAACAGCGCCCCCUAUAGUCCGGUGAUGUUCCUGACAGAGUCGAUGGGGAAUCUGACGUCACCAAACUUCCCCGCGCCCUACUACAACCUAGAGGACAUGCGCUGGGUGCUCAUCGCUCCGCCUGGUCACGUGAUCGCCAUCACUCUCAUCGGCGAGGAUUUCUACCUGGAGAAGGAUUACGAUUACCUGCUGGUCGGCGACGGCAACCUGCUCGAAAACCCCAUCAUGAACAUCACAGGAAAGCUAAACUCGUCGUUGGCUUACGUGUUCAGCGAUAAAACGAGUAAAAUGUGGAUUCAGUUCAAAUCUGACGAGACAAACGCCAAGAAAGGAUUCCGUCUCUAUUACAGCGUCAUGCCCGUUGGUUUGGCGGCGAUUAGGAAGGAGCUGGCUGCAAUGGGAAUCACUCCGGCAAACAAACCGCGAGAGGUUUACGUUAAACCUGACUACAGCAAGAAGGAGGAUGACGAUGAAGACUACGACGACGACAUGACGACAGACGAGCCGACGACGACCACGCCCGAGCCAAUCAACGGCUUCGUUGUCGUCAUGAUUGACGGCAUCAGCAAGGAUCUGUUCAACACCAACCAAAACGAGUUCAAGCGCGCCCUGGCGGCGGCUGCGGCGCUCUACUGCGACGAGUUUGACUGUUUGGCGGCGAUUAGGAAGGAGCUGGCUGCACUGGGAAUCACUCCGGCAAACAAACCACGAGAGGUUUACGUUAAACCUGACUACAGCAAGAAGGAGGAUGUAAACUAUCCAGAUCCAGAUCCAGUGAGAAGCGUGAGGGUAACUUGUGGCUAG